GCGUGGCAGCAGGUUCAAUAAAGCGGAGAGAGGUGAGUGAGCCAGCUGCACUUUCUUUCGCUUGGGCAGAAAGGGGUUGCGUCCCGGAGACUUGCUCCAGGAGCCCAGGGUCCGAGGGUUCCCAGUCUCAAAACAGCCUCUGGGGUGAAUUUCCAUGAAUGCUAUUGAGGACAUGAAUCUACUGCUGGAUUAAACUAUUGGAGAUUUUCUCUUAUGACUGCAGUUUUUUUAAAAACUAUAUUUUAAUUUAGAAUCUUCUGGACAGCACAGUUGAGGCUUCUCUCUGUGGAUGUCAAAACUGUUGGUCUCCACUGGGAUUCCACCUUCAUCCAGUACAGGUUGCGUGAAUUUUGUGGACUUGAUUCAUGGCUUGUGCGUGACACCUAACUCCUUCCUGGAUUGUUACUGAAUCUGAGGAGAGAUGGCUCACUCUACAAAUGUUAAUGGAUGUGCCUCAGGCAAAGCAGGUGGUGUCCUAAACGGAGGAGGUGACAAGGAGCAGAAAGACCCCUAUUUUGUGGAAACGCCUUAUGGCUUCCAGUUAGACUUGGAUUUCCUCAAGUAUGUGGAUGAUAUUCAGAAAGGGAACACCAUCAGAAAGCUAAAUAUUCAGAAGAGGCGUAAGCUGGUACCUUCGUGCCCUGGAGUGAGCAAUGCCAGCAGCCUGCUAGAUGCCUGGACGUCCACCGAGUCGCUGUCCUCCUCGAAUAGCGAUGAAAACAAACAGUCCCCUUCAUUCCGCACUGCCAGGAACCAAGUGAAACCUUUGCUUGCCCCUCAGCCCUCCACUUCCCUCGAGGCCUCCCAUGCCUUUCUCCCCAUCCCGGAAAGCAGACCACUGCCACCGCCCUCACCACAGCUCCCAAAGCACAACCUUCAUGUCACAAAAACUCUAAUGGAAACGCGGAGAAGACUAGAGCAGGAGAGGGGCGCCAUGCAGGUGGCCCCAGGGGACUUUCGGAGGCCCAGGCUGGCCAGCUUCAGCGGCCUGGGCUCAGCCGGCUCCCUCCCCACCUUUGUCGGUUCCGGAGGCCACCACCCAGCAUCUCAUCAAGUCGCAAACGGGCACCAGGGCAAUGGGGAGCUGGGAUUGUAUGCCACUGCUGCAGCUACCACCUCCUCGAUGGGCAGCUCCAUCCGUCACAGCCCGCUGAGCUCUGGGCUGUCCACUCCAGUGACCAACGUCAGCCCAAUGCACCUGCAGCACAUCCGGGAGCAGAUGGCAAUUGCCCUGAAGCGCCUGAAGGAGCUGGAGGAGCAAGUGAGGACCAUUCCAGUGCUGCAGGUCAAGAUCUCCGUCUUGCAGGAGGAAAAGAGGCAGCUGGUAUCUCAGCUGAAAAGUCAGAAGCCAGCCUUCCAGGGUGAUACCUGUGGGAUGAGGAAGCGGUCCUACAGUGCUGGGAAUGCCGCUCAGCUCGAGCAGCUCUCCCAGGGAAGAAAAGGUGGCGGGGAGCUGUACAUCGACUGUGAGGAGGAGGUGGAAAGUGUGGUGGAGCAGAGCACCCAGAGGAUAAAGGAGUUCCGACAGCUGACGGCGGAGAUGCAAGCCCUAGAGAAGAAGAUCCGGGACAGCAGCUACGAGAACAGCCCGGAGCUGAGAGAGAAUGGGGCAGGUCUACUCAAGGAAUGCAGGUCGGUUGCCGUGGGUGCUGACGAGAACAUGAACGACCUGGUCAUGUACCGUCGGUCUUCCAAGCCCUGCAGGGAGGCGGCUGUGGGGACCGAGACUGAAACCCGGGAUUCUGGAGUGGGGGUUACCGAAGCGAUGCUGGGUGUGGUCACGGAAGCUGACAAGGAAAUAGAGCUGCAGCAGCAGACCAUCGAAGCCCUCAAAGAGAAGAUCUUCCGGCUGGAGGUUCAGCUCAAAGAGACCACCCACGACCGAGAGAUGACCAAACUGAAGCAGGAACUGCAGGCGGCUGGAUCCAGGAAAAAAUUAGACAAAGCCACGAUGGCUCAGCCUCUGGUUCUCAGCCGGAUGGUGGAGGCCAUGGUACCGACGAGAGACCAGAUGGUGGGCAGUCACGUGGCCGUGGCUGACUCUUGCGUGGGGACCCAGCUGCAGACGAGCAGCAUCGGCGUCUCCUGCAAGCCUGCCCUGGAAGGCAGGGCCGUGGGGCCUGAGCUGCCCAUGAGUCAGUGGAUUGUGAAGGAGAGAGUGGAAGUGUGCGACCAGGGCACGGGGAGGUCCGUUGAGUUGCGCGACCAGAGCGUGGGCAUCGAGACCGCGGUCUCCGAAACGGGCAGCAACACCGAAGAGUCGGUGGACGACUUGACUCUCUGCAGGGCUAACCUCGACCUCAAGGAAGUGCGCUCGAUAGGGUGCGGAGACUGUUCAGUGGAUGUGACCGUCUGCUCUCCGAAGGAGUGCGUCUCCCGCAGCGUGAACACAGAGGCCAGUUGCCGGGUGGACUCUGGGGUCAUGGCCUUGCCUUCUACGGCAACCCAGCACACCAGCACGGUGCUGGAACAGGUGAGCCAGUUCACCAACACGGAAGUGACCUCUCUGAUGGACACCAGCACGAACACUUCCCUGAGCAUGUACGACAAGCAGACUAAUACCGCCACGGUGGAGCUGCGGAGCGUGGCAGUUGGGGAGGGCAGGGUGAAGGAUAUCAACGCCUCCGUCAAGGUGCGCUCCAUUGGAGUGGGAACCCUCCUCUCCAGUGACUCUGGGUUCGAUAAGCCCUCUUCUGUGAAAACCAAAGAUUCUGGGGUAGGGCAGAUAAACAUUAAUGACAACUACCUGGUUGGCCUUAAAAUGAGGAAUAUGGCCUGUGGCCCCCCUCAGUUGACUGUCGGGCCAACAGCCGGCAGAAGGAGCAUAGGCGUUGGCGAUGACCCCGUGGGUGAGGUGGCGGAAAGCUUGCCAUCCCAUCCUCCCCCUAAAGUGAUGACUGGCUUGAAUCAUUACAUCGAACAAGUCCAGAAGCUGCUGGCAGAGCAGCAGACGCUGCUGACCGAGAACUAUAGCGAACUGGCCGAAGCCUUCGAGGCCCCUCGCGCGCAGAUCGGCUCUCUGAAUUCCCAGCUUAUCAGCACCCUGUCAUCCAUCAACUCGGUCAUGAAGUGUGCAAGCACUGAGGAGCUCAGGAACUUGGACUUCCAGAAACAUAACCUGGACACAAGUACAGGUCAUACUUUAGAGUACAUCUCGCAUGGACAAGUUGCUAGAUCAGCUGUGACUUCCAAAUCUCAAACAACGGUCUUAGAGCAAGAGGUUGUGACAAUUAAGGGAGAGAAGAUUACCAUAGGAGGAAUGGAUUCUGUCCAGGAGUCCUUUCCUCCACAGGAUAGUGCAAUAUCUCCAGUAAACCAAACAGAUGACCAAAUUGCCCCUGGACAUUUUGUCAGUACAAAUAGUGAAAAUACGCUCAAAUCCAUUAUGAAGAAGAAGGAUGGGAAAAAGGAUUCAAGCAGUACCAAAAAAAAUCUUCAGUUUGUUGGCAUCAAUGGAGGGUAUGAAACCACCUCAAGUGAUGAAUCCAGCUCAGAUGAGAGCAGCUCUUCAGAGUCAGAUGAUGAAUGUGAUGUCAAUGAAUAUUCCCAUGAAGAGGAGGAAGAGGAGAGUAGCCCUCCAGGAACGGCAGAAGGACUCCAUGCUGUUGAUCAAGAUGGCUUCAAACCGGCCGGAGUAGAAGAUGAGAUACAGGUUCAAGGAAGUGAACCCGAGAAGGUGGAAAUCAGAGAGAGGUAUGAACUGAGUGAGAAGAUGAUGUCAGCCUGCAACCUACUGAAAAACAACAUCGAUGACUCCAAAGCUUUGACUAGCAAAGACAUGCGAUUCUGUCUGAACACCAUCCAGCAUGAGUGGUUUCGUGUGUCGAGUCAGAAGUCGGCCAUUCCUGCCAUGGUUGGGGACUACAUUGCUGCUUUUGAAGAGGUGUCAUCUGCUGUCCUCCAGCACAUCAUCAACAUGGCUGACGGCAAUGGAAACACAGCCCUCCAUUACAGUGUAUCCCACUCAAACUUUGAAAUUGUGAAGCUGCUUUUGGAUGCUGAUGUUUGUAAUGUAGAUCAUCAGAACAAGGCCGGGUACACCCCCAUCAUGCUUGCAGCACUUGCAGCUGUGGAAGCCGAGAAAGACAUGAGAGUAGUGGAGGAACUCUUUGGCUGUGGGGACGUGAAUGCCAAAGCUAGUCAGGCCGGCCAGACGGCUCUCAUGCUUGCAGUCAGCCAUGGGAGGAUAGACAUGGUGAAAGGUCUGCUGGCCUGUGGUGCAGAUGUCAACAUCCAGGAUGAUGAGGGGUCUACCGCCCUGAUGUGUGCCAGUGAACAUGGUCAUGUGGAGAUAGUCAAACUGCUGCUGGCUCAGCCUGGCUGCAAUGGCACACUGGAAGACAAUGAUGGCAGCACAGCACUAUCUAUAGCCCUAGAAGCUGGACACAAGGAUAUAGCGGUUCUUCUGUAUGCUCAUGUAAAUUUUUCGAAAACUCAAUCACCGAGCACGCCUAGGCUUGGAAGGAAGACCUCUCCUGGUCCUACCCACAGAGGUUCAUUUGACUAAUUUUGCGCAAAUACCCCCUACAUUUUUAAUGCCAUCAUUAAGCUGCUAAUUGUUACUGUUAUUAUAGUGACAGAUACCGAAUGUAAAUGUCUCGUGCCUGAACUCACCAGCAGAUAGCAUAAGCCUCAAGCAAAAGGCAGAAAAACGUUCAAACUGAAAGACAGCAGCAGGCCACCGCCCACCACUAAAGGCGGGUUCCUUCGACCAUUUCUCCACACUUAUAUGACACCGUUUCUGUUGCUGUUGAGUCUGUCUGUUCCGUUAUGUACAGUUUAGGAAAAUGUAAACUUAUCUAAGCAGGCUGCUUGUCUUUCCUCUUCCCCGCCUUUGACAAGUGUCAUGGUCUCAGUGACAUCAGGUGUGUUAGUUCUCUCAAAAUAUUUAUAUCUGCUAAAUUUGGAAUUAUUGGCCGUAACUCUUUUCAUGAAUUUCAUUCCAGAAUAACAUUAUUGAGGUUUUUUCCCCCAUCUUAUUUUGAAAUAAGACAGCUGAAAAUGACCUUGGCUGUCAGCUCCUUGGGCCUGGGCUAGUGAAUUUCCAGUUAGAAAUCGAAGCUGAAUGUUCUGAAGUCUAAAACUUGUCAGAGGAAAUGUCUCUGUAUGGAUGUGCUGGAUUAUGUUAUAACUUUUUAUAUAAAAAGAUUAUUAUCUAUAGAAAAUUAAUUCACACAGUAUUUUCACCCUUUUAUAUUCCCAAGUAAUUAAAAGCUACAUGAAGAAAGACCUGUUACCCCAUUUUUUAUUAAUAAUUGUAUAUCAUUGUCCAUAUCUAAAGUCAAAUCAUGUUAGGGGUAUCGGCUGUGUAUGCAUCUCUAGAGGAAUGGAGUGCAGUGCUCCAAGUAUUUAUGGCGUCCUCUUUUACCAUAUAUCAUUCACUCUAGUCAAAUAUGUAUUUAAAUGUUUGAAGUGCCUUAGACUCUUGCCAUUUUCAAAAUAAAAUUUCAUUAUGCUCCUUUU